AGAUUCUAGCUGAAUCUGGUUCAGAUCUCUAGCAGAAUCUGAUCCAGAUUCUAGCAGAAUCUGAUCCAGAUUCUUGCAGAAUCUGAUCCAGAUUCUUGCAGAAUCUGGUUCUGGUUCAGAUUCUUGAAGAGUUCAUAUUCAUGCAGAAUCUGGUUCAGAUUCUUGCGAAUCUGGGGCAAAUUCUUGCAGAAUCUUGUUUAGAUUCUUGCAAAAUCUUGUUUAGAAUCUUGCAGAAUCUAGUUCAGAUUCUUGCAGAAACUGGUUCAAAUUCGUGCAGAAUUUUGUUAAGCAACUUGUAUAAAUUUGUUAAUGCUAGCAGAAUCUGGUUCAGAUUGUUGAGAAUACGGUCUUUUUUACAGGGUCCAGUUGAAAUUUAUGAUGAAUCUAUUCCAGAUUCAUGUAGAAUCUGGUUAAAAUUCUUGCAGAACCUUGAUCAGAUCAGGACAGAAUUGCGGUCAGAUUCUUACGGAAACAUAUUCAGAUUCUUUCAGAGUGUGGCUCGAAUAAUUUCAUGAUCGAAAUUCGGAUUCUUGCAGAAUCUGAUUGAGCUUCUAGCAUAAUCUGUCCGAGACUCACGCAGAAUAUGCAUGUAAUUCUUGCGGAAUAUCACAUCCUUGCAAAAUUUGUUGUUUUUUUCAGAACUUCGGAAGAAAGCUUAGAUUUAAUAUUUAGAAUAUUACGAAGAAACUUUUGAGAAUACUUCAGUGGUGACUUCUUUGGGUACGUUUUAAGAAUCUUCCUUAAACACAUUUGUAUAGUUCUUGGAAAAGACUUGAAAUAGUGGAGAAUGAAGUGUAGGCUCUAUGGAGAUUUCUGUGGAGAUUUGUGAACAUGUUGUAGAGAGAUAUGUGAACACUAUUUAUAGAAGGCUCUUUAAAGACAUUAGUAGAAACCUUUAAGAAGAGUAGAUGUUAGACCUUUGUGGAGAUUUUCGAGGAGACUUUAUCCUUUUUUUGAAAUUCUUAUGAAAAUUUCCAACUAGACAUCUGAAGAGACUUCUGAGCGAGAAAGCCGGUGUAGUUACUUAUGUGCGAUUCCUACAAAAUUUUCGGUGGAGUGCUCUGUGGAGAACUCUGUGGAGAUUGCUGCAAAUACCUCGGAGAAAAGGUGUUUGGAAAUCUCUUUAGAGACACAUGAAAAGACCUCUAUCGAUACAUAUGUGGAGGUUUUUGUGAUCGUUGUGGAGACUCUUGUGGCGACCCAUGAUCUACAAAUACCAUUGUUGAGCCCAUGUGAGACGUUCUGUUAGAACCUUUCGAAAGAUUUUGUUAUAUUUUUGACCUAGAUUUUUUUCACAAUAUGCUCGAAUAAGAUUGGAAACAAAGACAAAUUAGAGUAGAAUCUGUCUCAGAUUCGAGACUAAUCUUUCUCAGAUUCGAAAGAAUCGGUCUCAGAUUUGAAUAGAAUAUGUAUCUGAUUCGAAUAGAAUCUGUAUCAGAUUCGAAAAAAAAUCUGUCUCAGAUUCGAGUAAAUUCUGUCUCAGAUACGAGUGGAAUCUGUGUCAGAUUCGGUUAGAAUCUGUCGCAGAUUCGAGUAGAAUCUAUCUCGGAUUCGAAUAGAAUCUGUAUCAGAUUCGAGACGAAUCUUUCCCAAAUUCGAGCAGAAUGUUUUUGAUUCGAGCAGAAUUUUUAUCAUUUUAGAGCAGAAUCUCAGCAAAAUUCGGCCCUGAUUCGAGCAGAAUUUAUCUCAGAUUAAAAUAGAUCUGUCUCAGUUUCAUAUAAAUCUGUUCCAGAUUCGAGUAAAAUAUUUUUCAGAUUUGAACAAAAUCUGUCAAAGAUGUGACUAAGAAAAUCUUUUCUUAUGUCUCAAAAAGUUUGGCACUAAAACGUUCUAGAAAUUCUCCAUCUACUAGCAAACAUAACCUAACUGACCAUGGUGAUAAUCAACGCAUCGGCAAGCCGCCUAUGCUUGCCCUGUUACGGUUCGCUGUUCUCGAGUGUCAAGAAAAAAUCAUCGCAAAAACGCCGCCGUCGAACCGGUUGGCCCGCCAUGGUGGCCAAAGCGUGUUCCGUCAGUGUGGUCGGCAGUUGCCUCGUGAGGCGGAAGUGUUCAACAUCCAGCAUUCGACAUCGACCGGUUUGUAGUGCGCGAGUCUACCGGAGGACCUGUAGUUGUCCGAUUCCUCCGGUAGCUGAUCAGAAAACAUCGCAAACGGUAGUCAACGGAUCGGUUCCGAUGAGGCCGAGGACAAUGCGCCACUACGGACGAAGUCUGUCCGCUCCGCUGUUCGCCAAUGGAAGUUCCGGAGCCUUCGUUCAGCAGCAGCGAAGACUUAGCCGGGGAUGGCCGGGUCGGCGGAAAGCCAUUCGCUAUCGGGACCGGUCCUUGCUACCCUACAAAUUCAGGAAACCCAGCGCCGAUACCCACGGGAGACAGAUUCGGUGCACGCCGGAUUGGAGCGAAAAUGCCGUUUCCGGGGAUCAUCUGUGGGUGCCGACUUCGGUAUCCGGUGACUGUUGCUACGUGGGCGACAACGACUGCUCG